GUUUGGCCACGUUCAGUGUGUGUCGCAGUGUUGAGUGCAUGCAGCUCAGCAUGGACUACAGACACAACUUUUGAAUUGAAGUGGACAAUUUACUUUUUAUCCUGAAGAAAUCUGCUCAUUUAGUUACCAAUAAAUAUGGAGAAGGAUUUCCCGGCAUCUCCAAAAGCUGUGAACACCCAGGGGUCAUUCCCUGCCGUUGAGGGACCCUCUCUUCCAUCCACCAAACAGAAUCCUCCUUCACUAAUCUCUGCUCCUUCUUACCCCGCCAAAUCUCCAACCUCAACAGAGACCACUACAGAACCAAGAAAAUUAUCUAAUUCUUCUCAAACAUCUGCUCACACAAUCUCUAAAUUGAUGGAUACCCCUGCUUCUGUAGAGGGGUCAAAGCCCUUAAGUCCUGCUGCGCCCAGUAAACCCACAUCCACUGAACCCUCCUCUCCUCCUCCAAACAAAACACCCCUUGUUACUUCUCCUAACUGCUCUACCCCUCAAAUCCCCCAAAUGUCAUCAUUGCCCAAGGUCAAAUAUGCCUCCUUUACAUCAGAUUGCUUGGCCUGUAACACUCCAACAGAUUCCCCUACUACUUCUUCCAUCUCUGCUUCUACCGUGGCUCCUACAACUUCUUCCAGCGUUCCCAUGAAACGCACCUUUGCCUCCAUGGCCAAGCGGGUGAUAAUACAGGAAAGACUUAGGAAAGCUGAGGAGGAUCCCAAUGAUGAAGAGAAUGAUGAAGAACCAGAGGAAGAUUUGUCCUUGGAGCAAAUAGAGGAGAAGGCCAAAGCUGGUGAUGCCAGAGCCCAGACCCGGCUGGGUCAGCACUACUUGAUUCUUGCUGAAGAGAAGGACACAGAGCUAAAUAAUCGUCUGGCUGUUAACUGGCUGAUUAAAGCAGCUAAACAGGGAAGAAAAAGUGCAGCGAGAGCACUGCAGCGCUGUUGGAUGCAGAAAAAAGGAAUCACCCCAGAGAAUGAGGCCGACAUGCGCAAGUUGUCGACAGAGAGUAAGUUUGAGCUGGCAGUUCGUAAAGCAGCCAUGAUGAUGUACUGGAAACUCAACCCAGAGAGGAAGAAGAAGGUGGCUGUGUCUGAGAUGCUGGAAAAUGUCAACCAGGUCAAUGCAAUGCCAGGGAGCACUGCAAGCACGAUUCCUGGCCCAACCUCAGGCCAGACCCAGAAAGUAUUAGAGAGCAUGGUCAGCAAUGAGUCCACACAGUUAGUGGACCUGGAUGACUUUGUUGAGAUGACUAAAAAGUAUGCACAAGGUAUUGUCCCCUCUUCGCCCCAUACUGGCAGCCAGGUCACAGUCAAGACUAAAAGCUCUACCGCUGACAACAGAAGUGGGGAGGCUGAGCUGGUCCCAUCAGGAUACAAGAAGACAUUUAAACGUUCUUGGAGCUUUGGCCGAAGGGGGAUGAUGCUGGACACUAGACAGAAUGGGGCCAUAAAAAAAGCCAUGGACAUGAAAUCACGCUUAAUGAUCCUGCAGUACCCGCUGCACGGUAUUGUUGAGAUGAAAGAGCACCUGGUGGACUGGGCAUCAAGGGCCGGUGUUCAGUGGCUGAGCACAGUCAUCCCCACGCAACACGUCAACGCUCUUAUUUUCUUUUUCAUCAUCAGCAACCUGACCAUUGACUUGUUUGCUUUCGUCAUCCCCUUGCUUGUCUUCUACCUCUCCUUCAUCUCCAUGAUCAUCUGCACACUGCGUGUUCUCCAGAGCAGCAAGACUUGGGAGAACUUCAGAGCCCUGACAUCUCUGCUGAUACAUAUAGAACCUGACCUGGAUGUGGAGCAGGCAGAGACCAACUUUGGCUGGAACAACCUAGAACCGUAUCUCUAUUUUAUCCUGUCUGUUUUCUUUGUCAUUUUCUCCUUUCCUGUAGCUGACAAGAACUGGAUCCCCUGUUCUGAGCUCUCCACUGUGGCCAUCUUCUUUACUGCUGUCAGCUACAAGAGCCUCAGCCCCAUCGCUGCAACAUAUGCACGCCGAGCAAUGGUCAUAGAGGUCACAUCAUCUCUGUGUUGCCUGACCCAGUUGCUGCCAGAGAACAUGACAGUGAUUCGUUUCCUGGGGCACACCUUUGCCACACUGCCACUGGGGGAGUCAAUGGUGCUGAAACUCAGUCUGCCCUGUCUGCUUUAUGUUUAUCUGUUCUAUCUGUUCUUCAGCAUGGCCAGGGUGCGUGGUUUCAGAGGGACUUACUGCUUUCUGGUUCCAUACCUUGUGUGCUUCAUGUGGUGUGAGUUCUCUGUGGUGCUCCUGCAGAGUUCCUCUGCUGUGGGUCUAAUGCGCACCUGUGUGGCCUACUUUCUCUUCCUGUUUGCCCUGCCUGUUCUGGCUUUUGGCCUUGCCGCCAUGCUCAUGAUCCAGCUCUUUAAGUGGUUCCUCGAGCUGGAACUGACAAAGGUGAUUGUGACCCUGGUAGUUUGUGCGAUCCCCGUCACCCUGCGGCUGUGGACGCGGUUCAGCAUGUCUAUUCUGGAUGUCUUCCGCUCACUGACCCACCGCGGCCCAGUCAAACUCAUCUUACUCUGCAUCUCCAUGGUGAUCCUAUUCUUCUCUAUCUAUGUGUACCAUGCAGAAGGACAGAAAGUGUACAAUUCCACCCUGACUUGGAGACAGUAUAGCCAGGCGUGCGGGCCCCCUGCCUGGGAAACUAAAGGCAUGGCCCAGACACAGCUCUUCUGCAGCCACCUGCAUGGACACAGAAUCACCUGGGCUGGGCGUUUCAAGCAUGUCCGUGUGGCCGAAACAGAAAACGGGGCACAGUCGGUCAUUAACAUGUUGCCGGUUUUCAUGGGAGACUGGCUGCGCUGCCUGUAUGGAGAGACGUAUCCCAAAUGUGAGCCAAAGAAUACUACAGUCGCAAACCAAACAGCUGCCAAUUUGGCAGCUGGUUCUGCAUCGGCAACCCUUUCACUGCCCAUACUUCUCCAAAUGCAAGAAGAGGAAGAGUUGUGUCAGAUCAAGGCUCUGGCCAAAAACACCUGCCAUAUCAAACGCUUUGACAGCCACUUCUUUGAGGUGACAGUAGGGAUGUUACGGGAUGGAGGUGUAGAGGACCCAGCCUGGGAUAUAGUCCUAAUUGCCAGCCAUGAGUUCAAGCAAGUUCUGCUUAACCUUAAUCCCGGUGAUAUGGUGGAGUUUAGCACCAAGCUGGAGGGCCGCCUAGGAGCCAGGGCUCCAGCCUUCGAGUUAAAGGCGAUCCACUGUCUGGACUGUGUUUCGUCACAGCUGACUGGAGGCAGGCAGGUGAAGAUAGAGAGAGACUGGAGACGCACUACAAUGAGAGCCCUGAAGUUUGCAUUCGAUUUUUUCUUUUCUCCCUUCCUGUCAGCAAAAAUCACCACCUGAGAAGAAAGACAGUGAAGCUGAAGUAAUAAUGACUCACUUUAAUCUCUUCAGGAAGCCAUGCUGUCUUUAUCUUGUGAUGUGAUAACGUUACUAAUGUAACUUAUGAUGUUGUUUACAAUUUGAUUUAACAUGGAUCUACAUCUCAUGUUUAUGUAGUGAAAUUGUAUUUAUAUUUAGGUUAUAGCAUUGAAAUUAUUUCAUAUUUUAAGUACUUCCUGUCAGUUACAAAGAUUUGUAAAAUGUACCUCUAAAGCAGUCCAAGAAUGGUCAGAUACCAACUUUGGCUUGAGACUUAUUGUACCAAUCACUUUGAGUUUUACUAAUUUUUACUAAAGCCAAGAGACGAAAAAAUAUUCACUUAAUUGUGUCCAGGGUACCGAAGCUCUGAGAGGCAAAGCAGUAAGAAAAACAAUUAUGAUGAUCCAUUUUGUCUGAUAAAUCUUUUUCUUUCCUGUGUUUAUGACUUAAGAACAGGUGAAAAAAAAAGGUUUUGCCAGGACAAUCCUUCCUAUUUUUUCAUCUCUGAAACAGGUGGGAAAACAUGUUUUGCCAGUGUUUGUUGUUGUAAUACUCAUUUCGGCCACCGGAGUCUGAAGUGCAGCACUACCCCAUGUUCUAAAUAGGACUAAAAGCAUUCAUGUUUUCUUCCUGGUGAGUUUUAAUUUCUCCAUGAACUCUAAACACAAGGUACAUAUAUUGUUUGUUAGCAAGGUAUGUUACAUUACUGUCAUGUCUUUCUUUUGGCUAGAAAUGUAUUUUAAUUGGCGCUAAAACAUGGGGUAGUGGUGCACCUCAGCUUCUUUUGGCCAAAAUAAUGAUUACAACAACACACUUUUUUCACCUGUUUUGACAGAUGAAAAAAACAUGUAAGAUUAGACUUAGAAAAUGGUUAAACUUAUUUUAAUUGUAUUCUCACUUGCCUCUCAGAGCUUCUGUAACAGGGUUGUGUUUUCAGAAGUUUCAUGUUUGCAUUGUUUUAACUUACUGGACAAAAAGCCUGUAAAUUGAUGGUACCAGAUUAUGUCAGGGAAGCUAAUGUUGGGUGCUGACCACUUUUGAAUGCCUAGACAGUCUUACUUUUGUUACAAAUGAAAUGUUAUCAGAGUGAAAUUUAUCUUAAAUAAGAGGAAUGUUGCUGCUGCUUUUGUACUAAGGAAUGUCUUACUAGUAUGGGAAAUAUGUUUGCAUAUACAGUGAGUGUGUACCUUUUUGUGUGUAGUGCAUGAUAAAAUGUAGGUUUACCUAUUUAUUUGGAGGUUGUGUGGCAAUAUAUAUGUUUGGCUCUGUUAGCCAAGAAUGAUCUUGCUUUCUGAUCUUAAAGCAUUCUGGUCUUAAUCUUAUAUUUAUUUAUUGAUCAGAUGUCCCUGUGCCUUGAGCUGCAAUGCACAUAAAAUGUCAUUUGAAAAGCCAAUUAAGACAUUGAUAAGUUUUCUUUCUUUUCUUUUUUUUCUUUUUUUUGCAGUGAGGCUGUUCAUUGUAAGCCCACAAACCUGUCAAAGUAUGCAGCUGUAGUCAUAGUUUCAUGGUUCGCAUUAUACUCAGACACCAGAAUGCCACAGCAAAGAUGACAUGGCCAAUGAUGCAGCAACUGAUUUUAAGUAACCGGUAGGGAUGACUUCUAAAUAUGCUGAUUUUAUUUUUUAUAAACACCACUAGUCUCCACAGUCUACAAUGAGUCUUCCUCUGGUAUAUCUGACUCUAGACAUGCCAACAAAAGAUUGAACAGUGUUCAUUCCGUAGAAAUAGAGUGCCAGUAGUGUGAAUUUUGAUGUAUAUAUAUAUAUAUAUAUAUAUAUAUAUAUAUAUAUAUGGUUUGUUUUGCUUCAGUGCUUUUACAUUGCCCUGAUGUCAUGAUAAUUUAGUCACAUUUAUAAGACAAAAUAAAUGUCAUAGUUUUUAACUUUGCUUUUUGUUACUGUAAGGGUAAACUGAUGUUUUAAGUGUUUAUUUAUGGGUUGAGAAGAGUCUCCUACUUCUUAAGCAAAAUACAGAAUUUCAAAAGGAAUUUAGAAAAAUGCUGUUGCAAAGCUGAAAAUGGGGCUGUUCUUCAUUGAGAUGCAUGGAUUUUACAGGGCAGUGAUGUUUUGUUAAACUGCAUUAGAAGCACUUAGAUGAUCAGCAUAUGAUACUUGCAGUGCAUAAAAAGCCAUGUGAACAUAUUAAACUGUAACCUCUACAUUACUUACCUGUGAAUGACUAACUGAUGUUGAACCUGUUUACUGUGACUCUGAGUGCCUUCUUUAUUUAGUGAUGGAGUUUAUGGGAGCAUACAAUUAAAGUACUUGUCUUUCAAACAAAA